CUUAAACACGCCCCAAGGGGCUUUAAAGCGCCCGUCUCCAUGGCAACCGCGGGGGCGGCACUUCCGGCGUCCCGCGCGGGGCACGGCGGGAGCGGCACGUGGGCACCGGCGGAAACGGGCCGGGAGCAGCGGGAACACCGGGGACAGCGGGAAUACCGGCCAGCACCGGCACCCUGGAGCGCUGGGGCCGCCGGCGGGACCGCCAGCCCCGGCUCCCGGCACCACCGGGCACCGCCCGCGCUGGCACCACCGGCCAUCCCCGGGACCGACCCACCGGCACCGCCGGGCACCGGGACCCGCGGGACCCGCGGGACCCCCGGGACCCCCGGCUCCGCAGCCUCCGCGACAGGAGGCUGGUGCUGGGGCUCAGACAUCGGCAUUGCUGUUAUUUCUGACACCGCCCGGGCCCUGAGGAUCCGAACUUGCAGUGAAGCCAAAAGGCUGGAAUUAGAAAGGCAGCUGAUGGAACACACAAUGGCUGAUCCGUACCUGAUGCAGGAGAAGCCCCUGGAGCUGCAGAAGCACCUGGCAGCAGUGUCCGAGCGGCAGCAGUCGGCGCUGCGGCGGAACCAGUCCUACCGGCGGGAAUUCCGCCGGCUGCAGGAGCACAUGGACACCACAGGUUUGGAGAUGAUCCGCAAGAUGGAAGCGUGGUAUGGAAGGGAAAUUAAAAGCCUGUUAUCCCUUCAAGAGGGCAGCUUGUCAGCAGGAGGUGACAAGGAGGAAGGAUCCAGCGAGCAGAACCCUCUCAUGACAACCAGAGCCAUGGGGUUUGUCCCUGGAGGAUGGUGGGAGCCUGCCCUCCAAACCAGGCGAGGACUGAAGGUGCCACAGGCUGGAGGACGGGCGGGAAUGGGCACUGAGGCAGCCGUGCCAAGAGAAUGGUUCCAUCCAGACACAGCCUUCCUGGGCUGCCCCACCCCAGCUGUCUCAGCCACAGGAGGUUUGGGAACGCAGCAGGAGCCCUGCCAGCCCCCAUUCCCUGAGGGAUGUGGUGCCCAGAGCCGGAGCAGCGCUGCUGGAGAGACCGAGGGGUCCCUGGAGGGAGCACACGGGGACCUGGCUGCCAGCCAGGAAGGCUCUGAGCAGCUCCUCUCCUCAGCUCCUGACCCCACACCAGCCACCCCCGAGGAGGGACAGCUGCAGGGAGGGGUUCCAGGAUCAAAGUCUGUGCUGAGUGACUGGUGGGCUGGCCCGGAGGAGAGCAGUGCAGAGCUCCUGGUGUCCAGCAGUGCCGAGGAGGGGGUGACCCCCAGCACUGCCAGCGCGCAGCAGGGGCGGGACGGGGAUGCCCAGGCUGGGGAGGGCUCCCCACUGCCCCCACUGAGCCCUACCCUGGCACAGCAGGAGCCCUGGGACAGCUCAGCACCACACAGGGACACGGAGGUGCUGCAGAGUCACCUGAGCCACCAUUCCCUGGUCCUGGAGCAGCACCGGGCUCAGGCCCCGGAGGGAGCAGCAGAGAUUUCUGAUGACCUGCUGGCUUUGGAGGCACAGGACAGCCAGGCUCUGCCGAUGCUGAGAGAGGCCCUUCCAGGAGAGCGUGGGGAUGGGUCACCUGUCCAGGGUGAAGAGUCGUCCUGCAGUCUGCCAUCGAUCCCGACAGACGGGGAAGGGGAGCAGGCGGAACGCGCUGCCCGGCUCACCGGCACGGGAGAACCAGGUGGGGAUAUGGAUGAUGACAGUUCCAAAGCCAGUGACGGCCGGGAGGCACCUCUGGAAACCAGCUCUUCGUCGGAUGGAAUAGUCCUUCCCUUCUCCAGGACUGAGACACGGAAGGAGAAAGUAACUGCCAUAAAAUCCAAAGCGUUCUGGGGCGAAUCCGACGACAGCAGCUCCGAGCUGGAGGCCGCCCUGCGCCCGCAGACCCACAGCGCCCAGUCAGACGACUUCGAUGACUUCUAUGCUUGAGGUUCCCUGCUGACUUCUGGGGAGAAGCAGAAGCGUUGUUUCAGAGCCCCUCACCCUCACAGUGAGUGUGCUGUGGGCUGAAGUGCUGCUCGGCACUUUAGGGGCAAAGGAAAUGUAAAUACCAAAUAAACACCACGGGCCCUA